AUGUCUUCGGAGACGACCCUAGAGCCGGUUAAUUCCAACCAGAGCGCAGACAAUAUCGAGAAAAUGCCAUCUAUAGCGCAUACAGAACCAGGGAGCUUAACACUCGAACAGUCUGUGCGGACAUUCCGCCUCUUUGAGAUCCUGCGAAGUGGGGACACGAAUGCGAUAUCAAAGGCGAUUAAAGACACAAAAGAACCGGAGAGCCCAAGCGCGCUCACUGGGACGACAAUCUUGCACCUGGCAAUUCAAUGUGCGGAGCCGCAAGUAGUUGAAUUUGUUCUAUCCCUUGGGGAUGAUCUCGAUAUCAACGUCCGCGAUCGCGAUGGUAACACACCCCUUCACCUUGCGGCUCAGCUGGGGAGAGGCCCAUUAGUCCGCGAAUUAUUGAAUCGACCCACCGUCAAUGAUUCAAUAGUGAAUUAUCGUGGUCAGACCGCUCUUGACGUCGCGCGUAAUCCCGAUAUCUUCCAACAGCUCCAGCUCGCACGAUCUCUCUUCAUCGACAGCAAGACUCGUGAGAUACAAUCGCUUGUGGCCCAAGGGGACUACGACAAGCUCGAAAAGGUGUUAGAGGAACCACGUGUUGAAGGAAUUCUGGAUGUGAACAGUUUGGACCUGGUUACUGAUCCAAUUACUGCACAAGCCGGAGGUACAUUGCUACAUGAGGGAGCUCGGAAAAAGGAUACAAAGCUCAUACAGAUUCUACUGAUGCACGGCGCCGAUCCCUUUCGGCGUGAUAAGAAAGGCAAACUGCCCCAGGAUGUCACAAAAGAUGACAGGACGCGAGCCAUUGUAAAGAAAUCCCCUGCAGCAGUAAUUGCGCAGCGCGGUAUCCAGGAGAAAGCCAUCCUUGGGAACAGCUCAGCUCAGGGCGUUUCGGGACGUCCAGGAUCAGGCGAAGCGCCGCUCGUGGGUAAAGAUGCCCGUGAGAUGAGAGGAUAUCUGAAGAAGUGGACGAACUAUACCAGUGGCUACAAGCUGCGGUGGUUCGUACUUGAAGAUGGCGUUCUGAGCUAUUAUAAACAUCAAGACGAUGCUGGCUCUGCCUGUCGUGGGGCAAUCAAUAUGAAAAUAGCUAGGCUCAACAUGGAUGCUCAGGAUAAGACGCGAUUCGAGAUCCAUGGAAAGUCUUCUGUCAAGUACCACCUCAAGGCAAACCAUGUUGUAGAAGCCAAACGUUGGUUUUGGACUUUGAACAAUGCCAUCCAAUGGGCUAAGGAUGAAGCGAAGGAGGAGCAGCGACGCCAAACACAACAAGCUGAGGCACUUCGCCAGGCAAAGAUCGAUCAGAUUGAAGGCCGUACUCCAUCAGAGUGUCCCUCUGAAUCGGCGAACCUUGCCGCCAAAUCGAAUGGAAAGGGACUUGCUCCUCCCUCUCUUGGUGUACCAAGUAGUAGUGGUCACAGACUCAGCACGCAUGCCUCGCGCACAACCCUUGACAGCACUCCUGCAGACGAAGACGGCUCAUUAUACGGCUCGUACGACCAUAGUUUUCUGCAGAACGAAGUGAAUCGAGCAGUCAGUCAUGUGACCAGCGGUCCCGAUAUCGAGGGGGAUGAUGACGACUAUGGCGAUGACGCGUCUAGUCGUGAAUUAAGUCCUUCCGACAAGGAUGCGUUGAAUAUCACUGCGCAGUCAGCGAAACUGCAGCUGGAGAUUCUCGCCAAUGUUGCGUCUGCGCUGCAAGCCGAGAAAUCGAAAACUCCGGACAUGCCAAUUUCGGAUCCUGCUGUUGGCCAGGCCCUUGUUGCUUACGAGGGAGCUGUGAGCAGCUUACAAGGAUUGGUGCAGAAUCUUCUCAAAAUCUCGCGGGAUCGCGACUCAUACUGGCAAUAUCGGCUGAACCGAGAGGCCCAUCUUCGCAAAAUGUGGGAGGAAAGCAUGGCACGAAUUGCACAGGAGCAUGAAGAGUUGCAGUCGAAGAUGGGAGAAUCCGAAGAGAAGCGGAAACGCACCAAGAGAGCGCUCAAAGAGGCCCUUGAAAGUGCAUCUGCACACACCAGUCGCCCCAUCAGCCAAGUCCCUUCUCACAUACAAGUCUCUGGGGAGGAAAACCGUACCGUCACUGAAGGAGAUGGGCUGGAGAAGCAAGCCACUGGAGUCGUUGAAGACACGCAAAAUCAGGAGGACCGAGGGAUCAAAAGGCCUUCCCUGCAACGCAAGAAAUCGGCUCUUUCCCAGAUCGACAGUCUCUACGACUCUGAUUCAGAAGACGACGAUGAUGAGUUCUUUGAUGCAAUCGACGCAGGUGAGAUAAAAGUGGAAGACAUGACAAUCUCGAAAGUCAAGGAUGAAGAAGAAGGGCUCGAGGUUGAAGGUACUGAACUCCGAGCCGUGAGGCGCUCCGACAUAGUUCCCUCGUUUAAGGGAUACGAAGAUCCUAUCAGGACGAGACUUACGAUGGAUAAUGACAAUAGGCCUAAGAUCGGGUUGUGGGGAAUCUUGAAAUCGAUGAUCGGCAAAGACAUGACCAAGAUGACGCUCCCGGUCUCCUUCAACGAACCAACGUCCUUGCUUCAGCGAGUAGCUGAAGACUUGGAGUAUGCCGACCUCCUAGACAUCGCGGCUGACCGAUCUGACUCAAUGGAGCGCUUGGUAUAUGUUGCUGCAUAUGCAGCAAGCGAAUACGCAUCAACCAUUGGUCGUGUGGCGAAGCCUUUCAAUCCUCUUCUUGGGGAAACAUUUGAAUAUGCUAGACCCGACAAGGGCUAUCGUUUUUUUAUUGAGCAGGUUAGCCAUCAUCCACCGAUUGGCGCAGCAUGGGCGGAAUCACCGAAAUGGGAUUAUUGGGGAGAAUCUGCUUUGAAGUCGAAAUUCUACGGGAAAUCAUUUGACAUUAAUCUUCUUGGAACCUGGUUUUUGAAACUCCGUCCGGCGUCUGGCGGGGAGGAGCUCUACACGUGGAAGAAGGUCACCUCAUCUGUUAUUGGAAUCAUCACCGGUAAUCCAACUGUUGAUAACUAUGGAUUGAUGGAGAUCAAGAAUUGGACUACUGGCGAGGUCUGUUAUCUGGAUUUCAAGCCCAGAGGCUGGAAGGCCUCUUCUGCUUACCAGGUGACUGGCAAAGUGGUCGAUCAGGACGGAACACCAAGAUGGAGUAUCGGUGGACGCUGGAAUGACAAGAUCUACGCUCGCCAUACCCCUGGCUUCGAGGCACAAGUGUCUGGUCAAGACCCUGAGUCGGCCAAAACCUUCCUGGUGUGGCAAAGCCACCCUCGACCGAGCGGGAUUCCCUUCAAUCUGACACCGUUUGUGAUCACGCUCAAUGCUCUUCCUGAAAGCCUGAAGGAACAUCUUCCGCCAACUGAUACACGACUUCGUCCGGACCAACGUGCAAUGGAAAAUGGGGAAUAUGACCUUGCUGCUAAUGAGAAACAUCGCGUCGAGGAAAAGCAACGAGCGAAGCGUCGGGAACGAGAAACGAAGGGAGAGGAGUAUCAACCUCAAUGGUUUACCAGGGCCAAGUGUCCCAUCACCGGGGAGGAAUAUUGGUCGCACAAUGGGAAGUACUGGGAGUCCAGGGAGAAGGGCGAUUGGAGCAUCAGUGAAGACAUCUUCUGA